AUGGCAAUUACACAAUUCAAAAUUGAUUUGCUUGAAGAACAGAAUUCCAAGCUUGUGGCUGAGAUUACUGAACUUAAAAGGGAGAAGACUGAAUUCUUAGUUAAGGAAGCAGGGUUUAUAGCUAGAAUAAUGGAAUUAGAACAAAAUACUGAAAAAGCGAAAUUAAGAGAUACCGAGCUCAAUACUAGAAUUAUAGAACUAGAACGGUCAAGUGAAAAACGAUUUGCAAAAUUGAAACAGAAUCAAAACAAUACCACAGUUAAGUUAGAAAAUGAUGAUAAUUCUUCUGAGAAAGAUAUUAAUGUGCCUAAUUCUGUAAUAGACAAGUACAUCGACCAUGCCCGCUCUGCUGAUACUAACUCCAGAUCAUUAGGUGGUGACCCUGCAUCUGAUAUAACUGAUGACACUUCAAAUUCUGAUGUAUGUCAGGAGAUGAAUACUCAACCGAAAGCCUUGAUUAUAUUAGCAGAGAUUGUUCAGCCAAGAUGCACCACAUCACCAAUUCGCACAGAGACUAAAUCAUCAGAAGAUAAAGAGAUCGAUGAAUUCUUGAAUUCAAAGUAUAAGGAAAGAGUUAAAAAACAAGACUCUUUAGGAGAAUUAGAAAAGUUGAUAUCACCUCCAUUAUCAUGUAAUAUGAAAACUGUGAACACUGUUUACAAUCAAGAAAAGACUUCACCAAAAGAAUCCAUACAAAAUAUAUCUGAAAAAUCUAUUAGGGAUUUAGUGGAAGCUG